CCGCUUUCCUAUUGGCCGGACCUCGAUCAUGUGACUCUACGCGGAGAAACACCUUCACUUCCGCCAGGAGACGGAUCCCUCGGGUUCGGAGCUUCGGAGACCUGCUCCGCGCCAUGGCGUCGUCCCAGGGUCGGCGGCGGAGACCGGGGACGGUGGUGCCGGGGGAAGCGGCGGAGACCGACUCGGAACUGUCUGCGUCCUCGUCGGAGGAGGAGGAGCUCUACCUGGGCCCCUCGGGCCCGACGCGCGGCCGCCCCACGGGGCUCCGCGUGGCCGGGGAGGCAGCGGAGACCGACUCGGAACCGGAGCCCGAGCCCACGGCCGCGCCGGGAGACCUGCCCCCACUCGUGGUGCAGCGCGCGGCGGCGGAGACGUGGGGCACGGAGGAGACCCCGGUCGUAGCGCCUGCGCGCUCGCUCCUGCAGCUCCGGCUGGCCGAUAGCCAGACGCGCCUGGACCACGACGUGGCGGCGGCGGUGAGCGGCGUGUACCGCCGUGCCGGCCGCGACGUGGCCGCCCUGGCCGGGAGGCUGGCGGCUGCCCAGGCCACGGGGUUGGCGGCCGCCCACAGCGUGCGCCUGGCUCGCGGGGACCUCUGCGCGCUCGCCGAGCGCCUGGACAUCGUGGCUGGCUGUCGCCUGCUGCCGGACAUACGAGGGGUCCCGGGCAUCGAGCCGGAGCGGGACCCGGGAUCGAGAGCUUAGGCUGACGACACUGUGUGUGUCCUCCCCACCCUCCUACCCCGCACCUGACUCUGUGAUUCCGGAUCACCGGGGCCCCCAAUGCGUGGUAGCCUCUGGUCUGUGCCGACAGGAGCCGAGUCCUGGCAUUUUCUUUGGUUUGGCCUGGUUUUAUUCGUAGCACAAUUCUGGGAUCCCCACCCCCAAACUCGGUCCAGGUUUUGUGGACAUCAACUCUGGUCUGUUUCCUCAAUCAAGCUUUACUCUGGGGCUAGGCUGGGCUUUGAUUUCUCUUGUGAAACCUCCCUGGGUCUAGGCUGGGGUGCGGGGUGGGGGCUGGGGGUCCCUCUAGUUUACAUCCUCAAAGGAUGCCUGCCACACCGGACCCAAGGAGACCUUCCUACACACCCUGCAGCCCCUGUGGCCAGAUGAAGGAACCCAGCUAGACUUGCCUGGGGCAGCGCCCCCUGGUGCUUUGGUCGCUACAAGACAUGACUCCACACAAAACCUGCCACCCACUGUGUUAGGUUCUGGAUCUCUGACCUCUCUGGGCACUGAGGAUCACAGUUUCAUUUCCGCUUGUUUGCGUCCCGACUUUACGCUCUUGGCCCUAUCACAUGCACUCCCUUUGUCUUAUCGCCUGGUCCCCCUUAUCCCAGUCCCAAGCUGACUUGUAGGAUGGAGAGGGAGGAGAGAAACUCUCUGACAGGGGGCAUUUCCCCAUGAAGUCACUUCCGGGGUCUCCCCUUCUAAGCCGAGGGUGAGUGGAAUGGUGGUUUCUCCGGAGAAGGGUCCCAGAGGCACCUGCCUAGCUAUGGAAGGUGAAGCUGGGCCCUGGAGAGGCGGUAUCGGCACCGACAGUCCCUACAUUGGUUCCCGACACCUUGGCAGCUCGCAGCCAGCUGUAACCUCAGCACCAGUUUAUCCAACGCCCCCUGCUGGCCUUCGUGGGUACCUGCACGCUGGUGCACAUACUUCCCCACCACCACCACAUAAAAAUCUCAAGGGCUCUUAGAAAAUCAGAGCACGGGGAUGGAGAGAUGGUUCAGCACUUAAGAGCACUGGCUGCUCUUCCAGAG